GCUCAUUACAACAAACUGAGUUUGCAAAGAUUGAAUUAUAUUCCAUUUUGUUGAAAGGACAGGCAGCUUUGCUUUGUUACUUUCUGUGUUAGUUCCUGUGCAACAACUGCUCCAACACUUACUCUGUGAAGCUGAAACCUCUGAGAUGACUGCGUAAGCCUGCCUUCACACUUACUUUCUUUGUCAGGAUCCCUAUUUGCUGGUUUGUAUUUCCUCUACAGUUCAGUGUGACUAGUUCUGACCCAAGUCAGAAAGAAAGUCUUCCACUUCCACUUUGACACAUUGUACACUGAAAUAUCACACAGCGUGGAUAAACCGCAUCGUCAUUUCAUAUCAUAGGCAUCCAAAAUGCUCCAUAUUAUUCUCCUUGUGACCACGUUGACUUCCUCUGCUGAAGCUGCAAAGAGACCAGUUCUGCUCCAGUCUCCAGCAGUACACAGUGUGAUACAGGGUAGCUCUGUCAGAUUCCAGUGUAGCAUGGAGAAUGCCAAUGUCAGCAAACUCAUUGUUACUUGGUUCAAGCAAGGAUCCAAAAGACAGGAGCUGCUAACAUCUGAUUCACACGACAAUGUCCACCGUAACCCAGGAGUGACAGCACGCUUCCAACCUUUCAGGGAUGUCUCCAAUAACAGCUACAUCCUGAACAUCACAAAUGUACAACUCAAUGACAAUGCUGUCUAUGUUUGUAGUGUGCAGGGAUCGAUCUACGGGGCAGGAACCCAGCUGAAUGUAACCACUCCUGCAGUGGGAAUGAACAGAGAGCUGUGGAUUGUCUGGAUCACUGUGGGGGCUGUACUGGGAGCUAUUGUCAUCGCUGGAGCCGCUGUUCUCUUCUGUAUCAGACGCACUCGGUGUCAGAAACUGUCAUCCUCCUCAGCUACUCGUUCAGUUGAUACUUUGCCAACCCUGGAUUGUGAACCCACCCCUCUUUCUGGAAACACACAGGUUCUCGAGAAGCCUAAGAAAUCAAGAACAACCCAACAAGUUGCCUGUAACUCCCCAAAUGAUGGAAUCACAGUCAUUUCAAACCCAAACCCAACAUACUACAGCUUUGAGGCAAAAUGUGGCAGCAAUAGCCGAAUGCAGAGGACUGAAGCAGUUCCAGGAAAAUGCAGGCGUGACAGAGAAGUUGAAAAACAGCAACAGGAAGUCAUGAAAUGCGAUACUGAUGAAGAAAUCUAUGCAAAUUACAGUCAGAUUAACCAUCAUCCCAAUAAAAAGGAAUCCAGUGAACUUCAAGCAGAAUCCAACGCAACAUAUGCGAAUUUUGAUCCACGUUAUUAAUUCAGUGAACAAAAGGGAAUACUCUAUGGUUCUGCUGUGUGAUAGGCACUGAUUGCCUGAAAUGGAAACAUUUUCUGAUUCAGAAUGCUGAGGAGCCUCCCUCACUAGCAGCAGACAGAACCAAGCACAAUGGAUCAGAGGGACAGAGAGACAGGAAAUAGAUUGUAUAGAGAAAUUGGAGAGUGAAAACUGUGAAUAUUUACACCUUGUUUCCCAACACACAAUGUUUCUGAACUGCAUGAAUGCUGAAUUGGAUUGGCUUCCAGCUGAUAUAGGACAUGCCCAUUGUGUAGUUGGCAUAGUUUUCAAACCAGAUGCUACUCAGUGUAAGCUUUGCGAUGUAUUACAAGCUACAGUGAGAGUCAGCAUUGGCCUCAGUUCCUUCAUGUCUAGUUCCUUAUAGGCUCCUGUCUGAGAUUAAAAUGUUCUUUCAAUUGUCUAUUUAUCAGCUGAGUGUGUGUGAGAUGCCAUGGCAUGUCCGUCAGUUUGGCUAUCAGCCAGUCACAGGGUUAUUGUUACACUGGUGACUCCUGAAUUAGUGCUGAUUGAAAAACCAGAUCAAUAGACUGUCUCUGGACACAACUGCCAUAAAUACACACUUACAAAGCCAAUGAUUCCAGUAUAAUUCCCCACUAUCAGAAGAAAGCAACAGUGGAAAUACAACUCACAAUGUUGAGAAACCACCAUUGGUUAUUCAAAGCUGAGAAAGUCUAAGCUCUCAGUUGUAUGAACAGUCAAGAAAGAAAAAUCUCAUGUCUCAAAGAACCAGAACAAAAGGAGCAGUGAAGACAAAAGAUUUGAAUAGGAAGAUACCUGUCUCUGAAUGUUGAUCAAUCUAAAGUGAUAGUGUUCAAGAGUAGUUGGAAUCUUGUUUUCAGAAUCAUUCAAAUUGUGUUUUAUUUCAACAGUGCGGCUGUUUUCUUAAUUUUUAUUUCAUUGAUGUGCUUCUAUUUUAUUCUUAAAGGUAAAUCUGCAGCACUGUGGACUGUAAUUUCAGUAAAAGACUAACAUGUUAAAUAAACAUCACAAAAUAAAACUGAUUAAAAAAGACUUGACCAGGAAGAGCAUUAACUGAGAUCAAAACAAGCAACAGGAGCUGACAAUAAAUUCAAGGCAAUUACAAGGGUAUAGCAAUGUGAUUAGCAAGAUUGGAUGAUGGAAACAGUUUGAAAAGGUCAGGCAUUGGAGAUGCACUGUAACACAUUUCAGGAGAUAUUUCAGAAAUCUCAACAAAUAUAUCUAUUCAAAAAUGAAGGAUGUCAGAAGAGGUAUAUAAUUCAACAAGAGAAUAACUGUUGGUUUGAGAAUGAAAGAAAAAAGCUGACAGUAUAGGAAAGAUUAGGUUGAACUUGAGUGCCCAAUGCAGUUUGAUUCUUAUUUUAUUUCUUGCUACACUUGUGUGUCUUGGUCAUCCAGUUAGGAGGAGCAUGCAGAGUGAGCCAUUGACUGUGGGUGUGUCCUCCCAUCCAGGCCAGACCACAUCAGGGUGACCAGGGUUCCUUCACUGGAAGACAUCUGAGAAUUUCAGAUGGGUUUCCAGGAUGAUUGAUAACCUCAUGCGGGACAUUACUAAUGCAAGCUGCUUCUUCCUGAUUUCUAGAGCUUGUAUCUUUAAGACAGAGUUACAGUCACAAGCUGCCAUUUUGGAAUGUUACCAGGUCAGGCAGCAUCCAAGGAACAGGAGAAUCGACGUUUCGGGCAUAAGCCCUUCUUCAGGAACACAUUUCCAGCAACACAUUUUCAGCUCUGAUCUCCAGCAUCUGCAGUCCUCACUUUCUCCUGGAAUGUUACCAGACCAAUAUCUUCUUACAUGACUCCAUGUGAGAAAAGAUUUCCUGUGUUAAAGGCACGCUACAACAACAAGAUAUUGUUGUUUAAUCUGGCUUGAGCCAAUCCAAAUAUCAGCUUUUACAUUCUGAUCAAAGAUACCUAUCUAAUGUUGCAGAUAGAGACUGGCAAAUGACAUCAUCAGCAAUAAAGAACAACAGUUGCUGCCCUGCCCCUGGUUUGGGUGUGUUUUCUUCCUGUUUCUGUUUUUGUUGAAUUUUUUUUAAGUGUCUGUUCAGUAGAUAUUUUACAUUGGGUUGAUUUUACUGAUAUAACCAAUUGCUGAAUAAAAUUAUAAUUAUCUGAUUAUUAAA